GAGCAGUUCGGCCGAGCGACCCCAUCGGCGCCGGAGGAGGUGCGCAGGAAAAGGGAGGCGCAAUUCAACAACGGGAUCGUGGAUAUGGUUGCCGAGCAGAUUCGCAUUCUUGAGGAGGUCCACGUGCCCUCGCAGCAAGAUGUGGGCACCGCACGGAAGGUGGGCGCCAAGAAGAGCGAGGUGCCUCCAGCUCCUGACGAGCCAACCUUGGCACUGGCCAUCCCCAACGCUGUACACCUGGUGGCGGAAGCCUCUGGGCUCCAGAAGCUGGAGAACGUGCUCCGGGAGAGGCUUUCUGGCUCCGCAGACUUGCCAGAUUCCGAUUCUGAGCAGCCGCACGCGUCCACUGUCACGCCCCUCCUGCCCAUUGUGGGAAUCGACGCAGAGUGGCGUCCGAAAUCUCCAACCGGCAUUGCGCUCCUCCAGCUCUCUUUCCGGCGCAGCGUGUUUUUGCUGGACAUGGUGGCCUUGCAUCUUAGACUUGAGUAG